CUAGUGUAAAAUAGAAAAUGGCGUAUCGAUCAAACGUUUGAUUAGGUUAGAGUCGUCGUUAAAUAUUUUGUGAGACGACACUUUAUUGAGAUGAUAAAUUAACAUAAAAUGAAAAUCGAUACAUGAAGAACAGAAAAUUUAUCAUCUCAAAUAUAAGCAUGUAUUUCUAAUGCCUUGUUUAAUUAUAAGUUUUCAACUCAACUUUUCGUCAAGAUGGAAAAAGAUUUGAGAAGAAAAUAAUACGGCAAAUAACUUUAUUUUGAUAGAGAAAGCAGAGAAAAUUACCAUAGCAGCGAAAAUUGAAAUAAAAAAAUGUUCAAAAAUACCUUUCAAAGUGGAUUUUUAUCCAUUUUGUACAGCAUUGGCAGCAAGCCGUUGCAAAUCUGGGAUAAAAAGGUGAGAAAUGGACAUAUCAAGAGGAUCACCGACAACGACAUUCAGAGCCUUGUUCUAGAAAUAUUGGGCAGCAAUGUUAGUACAACGUACAUUACAUGUCCCGCAGAUCCAAGAAAAACCUUGGGUAUAAAGUUACCUUUCUUGGUGAUGAUCAUUAAAAAUCUAAAAAAAUAUUUUACAUUCGAGGUUCAGAUAAUUGAUGAUAAAAACGUACGUCGUAGAUUUCGUGCUAGCAACUAUCAAUCUACGACAAGAGUAAAACCAUUUAUCUGUACCAUGCCGAUGAGACUGGACGAUGGGUGGAAUCAAAUACAAUUCAAUUUGGCUGAUUUUACACGUCGAGCUUAUGGAACAAAUUAUGUAGAGACAUUGAGGGUCCAAAUUCACGCUAAUUGUAGGAUACGACGAGUUUACUUCUCAGAUCGGUUGUAUUCGGAGGAUGAAUUGCCAGCGGAAUUUAAAUUAUUCCUACCCAUUCAAAACAAGGCAAAAUGUUAGGAUCUACUGAAGAAAUAUGCGUUUUUAAUAAAAGGAAAGUAUUGUUCAAUUCUUUUUAAAACUUAUUUAAAUUUAUUAAAAUAAAACAUUUCGUAUAUUGA